AUGUGGCUUGCCCUGCUGUGCUCUGUGAGCUUGCUGCCUGGCAGCCUGGCCCUGCCGCUGCCCCGGGAGGCAGGGGGCAUGAGUAAGCUACAGUGGCAACAGGCUCAGGACUAUCUCAAAAGAUUUUAUUCUCGCGACUCAGAAACAAAAACUGCCAACAGUUUAGAAGCCAAACUCAAGGAGAUGCAAAAGUUCUUCAGCCUGCCUAUAACUGGAAUAUUAAACGCCCACAUCAUAGAAAUAAUGCAGAAGCCCAGGUGUGGAGUGCCAGAUGUUGCAGAAUACUCACUAUUCCCAGAUAACCCAAAAUGGACUUCCAGUGUAGUCACCUACAGGAUCGUAUCAUAUACUCCAGACUUAUCACCAUUCACAGUGGAUGAAUUAGUGGCAAAGGCUUUCGACUUGUGGAGCAGAGAGAUCCCCCUGCGUUUCAAGAGAAUUAGGUGGGGAAUUGCUGAUAUCAUGAUUGGCUUUGCAAGAGGCGCUCAUGGAGAUGGCUACCCAUUUGAUGGACCAGGAAACACGCUGGCUCAUGCCUUUUCACCUGGACCAGGCUUAGGAGGAGAUGCUCACUUUGAUGAGGAUGAACGCUGGACUGAUGGUAGCAGUUUAGGAAUUAACUUCCUGUUUGCUGCAACUCAUGAAAUUGGCCAUUCUUUGGGUCUGGGGCAUUCCUCUAAUCCUCAUGCUGUGAUGUAUCCAACCUACGAAAAUAGAGAUACCAUAAAUUUUAAACUUUCCCAGGAUGAUAUUGAAGGCAUUCAGAAACUAUACGGAAAGAGAAAUAAUUCAAGAAAGCACUAGAAACUCAGGGAGAACAUCCGCUCAUUUAUCAGAUUCUACAUCAUUGUUUCCCAA